CGUCGUCGUCCACUGCUAUGAGAUUGCACUGCAAUACACACGCGCCAGCCAUGCUCAUUUGGGUGAGCAUGAGGGAUCACAAUAAUUUUACAGGCGACAAUAGGGCUUGAAGAAGCCAAUCAUAGUCGCUUCCUUGGCCACGCGGGAAAGAUUCGCUCCCGUUUUUUCAUUUAUCUUUCUGUCCCUCACAUCAAUAUCCAUGCUCAGUUGCUUUGUAUUCCUUUUCUCUUUCUUCUUCCAAGGGUGUGGAGUGCAGGCACUUUUUUAUAUACGCAACCAGGGUUUGUUGCUGCUCGCCUUGCCACCCAGCAUCGCCUUUCUCACCAUGCUGAACCUCUCGAUACUACCAUAUGAUAUCAUUCUGGCGAUUUGCUCAGGCCUAUCACCAUUUGAUCGAUUGCAUCUCUCAAGAACCUGUAAAGCGUUGUAUGCCCUUCAACUUCAAAAAAUUUCCCAGACCAAUACAGUCAUCCUCUCUGGGUUGUCCACAAGUCACCUCGUGACAGAUCGGUACUUUGCUCAUCUUAUAGAUAGCAUGACAGAGCAACACCGGCGAAACAUCGUUCAUGUGGAUUUCGAAUUUGCCUCCCUUAUCACUGUUCAUGCGGUGAUCAUGGCUCUGACCAGCUUUAGCAACCUUCGAUCAUUGAAUUGCCGGUACUGUCGAAACAUCAAGUUGCCCGAACUAGCUUCCGUGUUGGAGAAUAGUGUCAUGCGCCACCAUCAUUUACAAUACGUAUAUCUUGGCGACUGGAAGAUGCCGAUCCAUCGAGAAUGGGACGAUGCGUUCUAUACCAUUGAUAAACAGUUGAGAACUAUCACACAAAGUUCUAAACCCAUUAUCCCUAAUGCGAAGUGCUCUCGAUGCCAUGCGACAGCAACUCCGCUGUCUCGACCAUGUAGCCAGUGCAAGGGACGAGUCUGGCACUGUCAAGCGCCAUCCUGCUACAGUUGGUGGGGAGAACACUUAUGCCCUGCUUGCAAUGUCAUGGUGUGCCGUGAUUGUCGAACAAAGAAUACCCAAGCUAGCGGCUACUGUUGUGAUGACGCCGAUAUCGAUCGACGAGACGAAUGUCUGGUGCUGAGCUGCAGUCAACAUGGCCGACGGGAACUCCAUAUCUCCGCACGCCCGGACCUGUUUUGCUAUUGAGCACAAGGGUUCCCCACCUUUCAAGCCAAAGAAAAUACUGUAUACUAAAAUUUCUUGCCUUUGGCCCACUCCUGUACACAUCCCACUGCACACAAAGUAGACCUUGAAAGAAGAUCUCUGAACUGUGCUUUAAAAACUAGUAAAUAAUAAAAAUGAAAAAAAAAAAUUAUUAAAUCCAGCUACGCAGGAGAGAUAAGCUAAGCUGGCAUACAAGUUUGAAACAUGUCAUGGCACCUAUCUUGCAAAAGCAAAAGGACAAAAAGCUUCUUUGCUUGAAAG